AUGGCCAAGGUUGGAAAGCCUCUUGUAGACAUCGACAUCCAAAGCGAGAUCUCCGCAGCCGACGAAGCACUCCUCAACGGCGCAUCGGAGAAGGAAGCGAAGCAGGACGCUGCUCAGCAAACAAGCCCACAAGAGCAGGCGAAGAUGUACAACGGCAUGCUGACAGCAGCGAAGCAGACAGUUGGCGCGACAUUAUCGGCUGCAACACCUGUUCCUCAACCACUCAUGGAAGACCGCGUCCAGCCUUUGACACCAAACCAGUCCGGCAUGUUCAAGCAGAUGACAAAGUCCCUCUCAAUACCACACUUCCUCUACACAGACUCUGUAGACUUCAGCAAUCUCACCUCCAUGCGGAAGAAGUAUAAUGCUGGUCGCGAGAAGACCGACCGGAUAACACCACUGCCAGUCAUCAUCAAGGCUAUCUCCCUCACCUUCCAACAAUUCCCGCUACUCAAUUCGCAUCUGGACACCACCUCCAACCCCAACAAACCCCAGAUCGUGCUCAAAGGAAGCCACAACAUUGGUGUUGCAGUGGAUUCCCCCUCUGGCCUUCUUGUCCCUGUCAUCAAAAACGUCCAGAACCAUAGCAUCGCCUCACUGGCUCAGGAAAUCACACGCCUGGCUAACUUGGCACGCAAUGGCAAACUUUCCUCUGCCGACCUGACAGGCGCGACCUUCACAGUCAGUAAUAUCGGCAGCAUAGGCGGUACAGCCGUGGCGCCAGUCAUUGUGGGACCUCAAGUUGGUAUUGUAGGUAUUGGCAAAGCUAGGCUUGUGCCUGCAUUUGACGAGAAUGGCGAGCUGGUAAAGAAAGAGGAGUGUGUGUUUAGCUGGAGUGCGGAUCAUAGAGUUGUUGAUGGAGCGUACGUCGCGAGAGCGGCCGAGGAGGUUAGGAAAUGUGUUGAGGGUGUGGAGGGCAUGUUGAUGAGGAUGAAGUGA